UUUGCCAAGAGGUGAAGUAUCAGAGUGGUAAGAAAUAUGUCAUUUAUAGUCAGACAGAAUCAUAUAUUCCAGUCUGUCAUACUUAAUUUCUGAAGCUCUGGAAAUGGAUUAAAGACAGUGCAAGCUCUGAAAAUCAUUAUUUUCCCUUUUACCAUGUAGUAGUGAAGCCCUUUCCCAGGAUGCCUUCUGGAAGCUCCAGGUCUUGUUAGGAUCAUAUUUAACAGGACCACAGAAGACUGCACUUUUCCACUGCAGACCAAUUUUAUUCCAGAACUCAAAUGCAAAUUAAUUCAGUAAAACCCUUUCAGAGCAUUUUAUACAGCAUUAUGUGUCAUUAUCUCCAGAGUGAUGCAGCUUGAAUUGUUUACACAAAGUCAAAAUAUUGACACAGACCUGUUUAUGUUGCAUUUUAAGCAGUUGCCCUGACUGUGAUGAACUUUUCCUUAUGAAGUAAUUUGAUCACUAGUCACAUCACAUGUACCUUCAGAGUACUCAGAAGCCCCAGCCCAAAGAGCACAUUAUGGAGGAAAACUUAAUUUCCUGUGUGACCAAGGUUAGACUCUUCAACUUUCCAGAUGCCAAUCCAACCUGUGAGUUGUUGCACGGUGUUAUCCCAGUGGACAUUCCUGGAGGCUGUGGUGUGGUCCAUGGAGCCACGUGGUCUGGUGAGCAGUGGCAGUUCCAUAGCCAGAGAACUGGUCUGGCAGUGCCUGUGCCCAGCUUCCCCUCCACCCCAGCCUGGGGAGCUGUAAGAGACAGUCUGAAGAUCCCUCAUCUGCCUCACGAUCAUCGCCAAGGACAGAGACUGAACACAGGAGUCCUGGCCUGGCUGAGGUGGGAUGUCUGCCAACUGUUGCCUGCGGGUGUGCCCGCUGGGAACUGGUACGCAUUCCUGAGGAAAAUUAGUGCAGGUCACAGUGGACUGCACCAUGCUUGCUGCCCAGGCGGGAAGGGCUGCGCUGAUGCGGAAAGGAAUGACAUGUCCUGUACACCUGUCCUGUACCUGUUUCCCAAAGCAACGGGCCUCAUAACAACGGCUGUAGAUUUCCCCACCUCUUGGGGAAAAGGGGGAGAUGUGGAGAUACAGCUAGAAAGCAGAAGCGAGAGCACUGCUAAACUGAUGCCAGAAGUAGACACGCUAACGCUGCUAGGCCGCAAACCACGGCAGGCAGUACGGCCUAUAAAAGGCAUGCUUGGUAUGUACCUGUGGUAGUGCUGGCUUCUAGUUUUGCAAUGCUAUUACGAAACAUAGAUAUGGUCUUGGCCAGUUGCCCCUCGCUUCAGAAAAGGGCUAUAAAGGGACUGAGAUAAUGGAGAUGAGAUCUCCUCACAGAAAGAAGGUGAAUCUAUUGGCAGAAGACCACGAGGAUUUCGUCCCAUCCGUUGGUAGCUAUCCCCGCCCCCUUCUUCCUCUCUACUCUUACUUUGUUUUCUUUAUCUCUCUCUCCUCUAUCGCAUUACCAUGUUGUGGGUACUUAAUAAAGGUGCACUGUUUUGAUUAGAACUGAAAUCCCUUGU